AUGUUUUUACUUUUCCUUUCACUAAAUUUAGUGACAAAAUCUACUACAAUCACAGAACUUUAAGAGGGAGAACCUUGGAUUCCAGAAAAUUGGAUAGCUGACGAUCAAUCCGUAUUCGAAACAUAACACAUUUGUGAUGAUCUUAACGGUCCAUAUCUUGGUUUAAUCGACAAAAAUCUCCAUAAAUAACUAUCUGACUUGGGUGCCCACAGUGAGAUAUAGAUUUCUUUUGAUAUAUUAUUCACUGGUAGAUGGGAAGGUUCAUCUUACCUCAAAAUUGAUAUUGACUCUACCAACAUAUUUUCUGAAAGUGGUCUAUCUUCAAGUACCUUCAAAACAUCGAGUACAUACUGUAAGUUAAACAAAAUAAAUGCUGUGGCUACCUAAUAAAAGUUAAUCACGGUUUAUUAGACUAUGUCUCAUUCUAAAAGAAAUCCCCUAAUUGAAAUAAAAGGGUCAUUUACAUGUGAUAUCGGAGGUAUUGGAGUCUGCUAGAUGAUCGCAAUUAAGAAUUUCGUCAUAAUUCCAACAUUGUGUGAUUUCAGUUGCAAAACCUGUAGUGGGCCAAAAAUCGAUUAAUGUUUAAGUUGUCCAUAUGGCGCUAUAAAUUCCGGUAAAUGUUACUGUUAAUCGGGACUCUACCAAUAUGCUAACAAAUGUGUGUUAUCAUGCCCAAAAUACUAUAUUGCCAAUCUUGACAAUUAAUGUAUAUUAGAAUGUUCUUUAAAUUGUUAAAUUUGUGGAAUUAAAUCCUGCAAUAAAUGUGAAGAAGGAUACCUUCUAUAUUUAGGUAAAUGUGUUAAGGAAUGUCCCAGCAAUAGUUAAUUCGAUGGCACAACCAAGUGUAUUGAUUAUAAAGAGAUGAAAGAAUAUGGCUCCGAAUAUUUAGGCAGUUAUUUUUACAGUUUAGAUAGUAACUAUCAGUAGUAGGUGAGCAGGUUUGAAUUUUCGCAAUCCUUCUCAUACUCUUUUUGGACUGGCUCGAAAUAUUCAAUAUAUCAAGAUAAAUUACUCUUGGGAGGAUAUGGAGUUUGGAGUGAGGGUUACUUCAGUAUAAUGUAUUAUAGUUUAAAUCCACAUAAUCGUCUUAGACUUUAUUUGGAGGUUUGGUUCAUAGACAAAUGGUCAAAUGAUGUAUUUUAAAUAAUUGUUGAUGGGACGAUCGUUUAUGAAAAAAAGGUCAAAAACACUGCUACAAAUUUAUUCUAUGGCUCCUUUCCUGAUUAAAUAGAAAAAAUAGAAUUAGAUAUUGCACAUACUUCCAACUCAGCAGAUAUUAGAUUUGUUUCAAAUUCGAUGCGGUCUUCCUUUGAAAGUAGUGUAGGAAUCACAGAUUUGCAUAUAUUAAUUGAUUAUUGUGAUUUUAAUUGUGCUUAAUGUGCUGAAACUGAAUGUUCAUUAUGUGUUUUAGGUUUUUAAUUAAUAAACAAAAAAUGUGCAAUUUGUGACAUAACUUAUAAUAGGAAUUCAGACUGCAGUUGUUUAGAAGGUUAUUAUGAAGAUAACAAGGCGGAAUGUCUAAAAUGCAAAGCAGAAUGCCAGAAUUGCAUAGAUGGUCUUACUUGUAAUUAAUGUAAGAUUGGAUCCCAUUUAAUUUAACUCCCUUUUUGUAAAUCUUGUGAAAAUGGAUACUAUUAUGAUGAUGCAAUGUGCUUGAAAUGUUAAUACAACUGUAACACAUGUUCAUCCUUUAAUGUGUGUGUCUAUUGUGCAAAUGGAUUCGUGAAUCCUCCUACAUGUUAAUGUUAAGAUGGAUAUUACGAAAGUGCAACCAAUGUAUGUUAUAAGUGUAGUUCAUAAUGUAAGACUUGUACUUAAUAUGCCGAUAAAUGUACUUCUUGUUCUGGAAAUAGGAUUUCACUCCCUGACUGCUCUUGUCCAAAUAAUUCAGUUGAGAUUGAGAAUUCUAUUUGGUGUACAACUUGCACAAUUGCUAGUCUAAGCAUCUCAUUGAAUUAUGAUUUGACUAUCUUAAUUAUCAAUUUCAAGUGGAAUAUCAAAGAUUUGUAUACUAACUGCAACCAUAUUUUUCAGCAAUAAACUAUUGAAUUAUUAGGUGAGAAUCCUUUGUGUUUUAAGGAUGAGAACAAGAUUUAAGUGAAGAUGGGACCUAAAGCUAGUCUAAAAUAAGGAGAUCUAAUAGUAUUUUAUCCAAAUAUUAUUUAAUUUGAAAAAUGCCCAAGUGUUAUACAGACUUUUUAUAAUAAUGAGUUGAACAUUUUGGGAUAGGCUAAUUAGCCAAAAGAUAAGCUGCAGUUUGUUUAAAGUAAGAUUUACCUAUCUCGCUGUCAAAAAUAGAAUCUCUUACUUUCAUUUCUGAAUCAGGAUAAUAUCCAGUUGUUAUCAUGGUUUCUGAUAUAGAAGAAAUAAUGGGAUCCUAAAUUGGAUAACUUUAUGAAAUUCUUAAAUUAGUAGAUCUAAGCAAAUCCAAUAACUUAAUAUUUUGAAUUCCCAGGGAAUAUACUAGAUGAGGAGAAUGAAAUCAUAAUUGAAUUGCAAUAUGCUAAUGUAGUGAAUUAAGUAUAUUCAUCACAAUUGGUGGUUGUCCAAGAGUUUGGCAAAAUCACAACUGAAAUAGCUUUCUAAUAAACUCCAUAUUAGAUCUCCUAAGAAAUUUAAAUAUCACUAAUUUCAUAUUAUUGUCCAAGCCCAAUAUUUUCGAAUUACGAUAGAGUCAACUAUCUAAUUUCAAUUGAUGGCCAAUUAUAUCAAUAAGACAAUUUGAUUGGGUAAUACUACAUAUUUGCUCUCAAACCAUAAUCUUUAAAAAUAGGAGUGUAUAGUCUAAACAUCAAAACGCUCUUUUAAGAUAAGUUAGUGAAUGAGUAGUCAAUUAAUUUAAAAGUGGUUGAUAACAUCUAAAGACUGGUAUUAAAAUCAACAAGCACUUCCUUUAAUUAUAGACAAUCGAUCAAUCUAUAGGCUUAUGUAACAAACGGCUAAGGAAAUGAAAGAUUUAUCUGGGAAUGCUUUGAUGUUCUUGAGAAUGAAUUAUGCAUGAGGAAUAAUCAAAUGUUGAAUUUAGGGUAUGAUGGAAGUAUCAAUAUUCCUGCAGAUACCUUUAACCCAUUUCAGACCAUCAUUAUAUCUGUGGUUUAUAAAAGUAUGAAGGAGCAGAUAUAAUUAUAGAUAGUUGAGACAGAUGUGCCCAAAGUUGAUUUUGAGACGACUCCAGAUAUCUAUUCUGGAUUUAUCAAUUUCUAUGAUCAGAUAAACAUCAAACUGAAAUUCAUGGAUUUGAAUGUAAAUCCAGAUACUUUGUAAUACAUAGGAUUGUUGUAUACAAAUGAAAGAGUUAUAGCUCAAUUUAGUUUUGAUUAUUUGGAGUUGAAAUUGCAAAUCUGGGAUUACUUGAAAUUAGAGGAAUUGUCAGAGAAAUUAACUUUGAAAAUCUCUAUUCACAAUCCUAAUUACUUUUAACCAUCCACAAUAAUUAUGAAUAUCUACCUCAAUUUGCCUCCCAAAUAAUGCAUAGUUGGCAUUGAACCCACAUCAGGGGAAUCAUUAUUGACAGAUUUCACAAUAUCCACCAAGAAAUGUAUUGAUAUUAAUCAAUCCCUAUAGUACAGAAUACUAUUGUACUAGACUCAAUCUGAUUUAAAUUACGAUUACUCUAUUGGAUAAUUGUAUAAAGGCGUGGUGCUGAAUCCAUACCAAUAUGAUCCUGUCUACAAAACAAAGUUAGUUGGGAAGGGUUAAACAUAUUUGGUUGUCUAAGUGAAGGAUACAUUAAAUGGGGUCAGUAACUAUACUCUGGUUGUGAAUGUUACAUCUACUUAGUCAGAGUAAGUUUAAACAAUGAUGUCUACUCAGCCAGACUUAAAAUCUUCAAUUUUAUUAAUGUUGAAUUCUGAAAAUAACAAUCAAUCAGCACCUCAAUUAGUAACUGAUAAAGCCUUCUAGAACACUCUACAAUAAAGUCAGUGUAAUUGUGAAUACGAUGUGAAUUAGUAAUUAUUCCUCAAAAAGUUACUGGUACAAUAGAGUUAAUCUGUGUCUUAUCAGUAAAUUAAUUCGGAAUUGAAUAGUUCAAAAUCCAGACUUAAUGAAAUAGAAUAAUUACUCAAAUAAUAAACUAGUCUAAUGGAAAAUAGUUUCGACAGAUCCAAAUAACUAUUUUCAAAUGUGUUUCUGCAUGAAGAGAUGUUAGGAUAUGCUUAAUAUAUAGCAGAGUUGUUCAAUAAGAAUUAGAUAUCAAGUAAAUUCAGAAGACAAUUAAUUGAAAAUUAAGACUAAAUUAAAAUAAACAAUUAGCAAAUCGUAGAUUCACUUAAUGUAAUUACAAAGAUACAAUUGAGUUAAUAGAUGAUCAACAGUAAGAAGUUAUCAAUUUAGACUAAUUGGUUUAACAUAUCUACUUAGAGAGUCACUUCCAAAUUAUUACAAUCAGCAUUAGGGAAUGUAUUGACAUCCUAGAAGUAACAAGUAAGUGACGAAGAGACAGAUUAUUCAUCAGAAAACAAAUCAGCUCGUUUUGAGUAUAAGUUCAUCAAGUAUGCCUCUAAUCCGUAUCUAUAUGAUUCGGACUUCAUGGAGAUCAACAAAAAUCAAACUAAUGCCAUGCUGUAUGAUCCAAAGGUUACUUUUGAAGAAAACUAAACUCAACUUACGGAUUCAAUGACAACUUUAACUUAUGAAUUUCCUAAGCCUGAGAAUGACAACAAAUUUUAUGAAUGUGUUAUGAAAAUAGAGGAUUCAUGGAGUUUAGAUGCCUGCACUACUAGUUAAGAAGCUUCGAAAAUGAUCUGUGAAUGUUAGAAGAUAUCAAUCAUUACUCUGAUUGACGCAGUGCAAUAAUUAGCAGGUCAAUUGGCUUCCUUCUUUUCUGCAGAUACAAUUAACAAAAUAAAUCAAUGUCCUUAUGAGUAGAUGCUGUUCUUGUACAUAUUAAUCUUGUUCACUAUAAUCUUCUUAUUAUCUCUCUAUAUAGGACAUAGAUUAGAUUAAAAUUAACUUAAUUCUGGAUCGUUCUUAUCAGCCAAAGUUAUGCCACAAUCUUGGGAUGAAUUCCCAGAAAAGGAAAGAGCUGGCAGUAUUGAUGAACUGGCUUAAUUGGAACAGUAGGCAGGAAGACAAUAAAUGAAACUAAAUAAUCAACAUAGCAAAAGAAAUAGCAUCAAGAUGUAAAAUGACAAGCAACCUUCAGAAGAUAAUUAAAACCGAUAAAUUGAUUCAGCACUUUCUAGUAAGCGUAGUAUGGCACUCGAUUCAAACGGACGGUCUGGAAAAGCAAUCGAAGAAACAGAAGGCAAUCAACUCUCAGGGACUCCAAUUUUGGAUGAACAAAAGGAUCAGAAUUCUCCAAAAAGGGAGGAUUCAAUCUUCAACUCAAUUCAUAACUCAUAAGUGAAAUUUCAUUAAGGAUUCUUCCUUUAUUUCAAAAUCAAUCAUGUGUUGAUGAGUCUCUAUUAUCUUUAUAAUGAGUAGCAGUCCCGAGUCUACAGAACCAUCAUUGUUUAUAUGUCAAUCAUUGGUGAGAUUUGCAUAUUGACAUUUUUUGGAGAAAUUAUAAGUCUAAACACAAUUCUAGCACUGUCUAUAUUGCAAUCACUAUUUGGGUUAAUUUUUUGUAAGAUAUUUUCAUUCCUUAUUCACAAUAAAGUCCAGAUCUUAAAGAUCAUAGGCUUGACAUUGAUAUUAUUUGCUAUUUCGUUUUUCUACUUUAUCCUGUUGGGAAGCUUGGCUAACUAUAAGUCAAUUCAAGAGUCGCAAUAUUGGGCGUUGGCCUAUUUGACUAGCUUCGUCUUGAAUUACGUAGUCUAUUCCUUAAUGGUGCAAUUUGCCAUGUUCUCUUUUCUGAACAAGUUCUACAGUUAUGACAGAGUCAAGAAAAUUAUGAAGUAUUUGCUAGAGGAGAGGGUGUACCAAGAAUUAUAUGGAAAAUCAUGA